UCUUAUUAAAGCGCCCCCCCGCGGCCGAGCUCGGCGGCACAACGAUCCCUCUGUUUUCCCUGCUACUGCUGUCUGCUGCUCCGUCCGUCCUUGCCUGUUAAGCAACCGCUCCAGCUCCGGCGAGCAAGGUCGGCACGCGACAGCUCCAAGAGGAGGAGGAAGAUGGAGGUGGAGAUGCAGCUGGACGACGACGUCUUCUUCGCGGAGCUCAGCAAGCGGAUUUCGCUCCUCAUCACCGACGACGACGAGGCCGACUUCGGCUCCGCGCAGUUCCCCGCCGCCGUCCACCUCCCACCGGGUUUCUCCAUGUCGUCUAUGGCGCCCCAUGUGCCGUCGAUGUUGGCGCCACCGGCCUACACGUUGUUCCACCACGCCGCCAGCUACGGCGCCAACAACAGCGCCGGCGACGCCGGGAGAACGUGGCAGCAACAACAGCCUCAGCAGCAGCAGUGCGGCAGCAAGGGCACCGGUGUCUUCAUCCCCCGGUCCACGCCCGGCUCCGCGCACCCCAAGAGGAAGGGCAGGAACUGGAGCGGCUCCAAGGCCGCCGUGCACAAGGCCAAGGCGCAGGCGCAGGCGCAGGCCGACGCGCCCGUCAAGAGAAAGAACCUGCUCUAAAAAUGCACUCCAAAAACAAGAAAAAAAUGGCCGACUAAUUAAGUACGUAGCUCCAGAUGCAGUGCUGAGUUCUCAAAUGGGGAUUGGAUUAAUUAAAUUAAUAUGCUUAAUUGUGUAUUACUACUACUACUACUGUUAUACUACUACUAUGGUACAGUAAAUAAGCCAUUGAUGCUCCCAGGGUUAGUUAAAUGUGUAAUGGGAGCCCUGGGGAUGCAUGCAGGGGAGGGCACACCACACCAAUAAUAAGCUGGAGGGGUGAGUAGUAUUUUAGGGUACUGCCUGCCUGCCUCCUCCCCCCCACAGUGGAAUUGUAUGUAUAGUAAAGCUGGCGUGCAUGUGGUGGUGCCGUGGUUCCCUUGGCUGAUUUUUUGUAAUCUCUAUACUACUAUAUUCUUUUCUUCUUCUGCAUAAGAUUAAUGUAAGUGCCGCUAGUGCUACUGCUCCCCUUGUUAAAGAAUGAAACGAGUAAUGAUUGAUGUCU